UUAUCAUCAUCGUGAUAAAAACAUUGUAGGAAAAUCAGUUGUUUUCAUAAUUGCAAAGCUGUUUUUUUUCUUUUUACUCUGUAAGUGUUUAUCCCGUUUUCACCAUGAACGGGACUGUUCAUGGCAUUUGUUGUUUUCCAAAUAUAUCGAACAAAUUCAUUUCAUGGGGCUCUGAAAUAAAUCUGUAUGAAUUUAAAAGUUCAGCAACCCCAUCAUCACCUACAAUUAUACAAACAACAGAUCAGUUAAAAAACUUAAAUUUACAAAAUCGAUCAUCGCAAACUCGUUAUGAUAAUAUAACAACUGUAUCAGCAAGUCUAUUAACACGUGAGGAUCGGUAUCAAUAUAUUCGCUGCAUAAAGCCAUCGUACUUUGACAAGCCCUUAAUUGCUGUUGGUCUUUCUAGCGGUAAAGUAGGAAUUUGUGAUUUUGAAAUUGAUAAAGUAGGUAAUACUGCAGAAGAAUUUAUACCAAGACAACAAAGAACAUGUUUAUGUUUAGCAUGGAAUGAAGCUGAUAAAAAUAUCCUUGCAAUUGGACACGACAAAAACCGCUCAGAUUACUGUAUUACAAUAUUCGAUAUAAAUCGACCUCAAUCAACAAAAGAUGUAAAUAAUGGUUUAAAUGGUAUUGGACUCUCUGAUACUGCACAUAGUAUGUGCUGGGAUAAAACAAAUCGAGCACUUAUUGCUGGUAUAAGUCAAAAAACUAUUAGAAUUUAUGAUUUACGCUCAUCAAGUUUUCAAAAUGCGUCAUCAACCAUUAAUACUAGAUUUGUAAAUGGUCUAACUUUAUCCCAAAGUGGUGAUUAUUUGGCUAGUUAUGUUGACUCUUUAAUUGGUAUAUGGGACUUAAGAAAUUUGGAUAAAAAUUUAACUCAAAUACAAACCUCAAUAAAAAACAUAUCACAAAUUUCUUGGUGCUCUACAAGAUCAAAUGUUUUAUCUGCUAUGUCAAGAGGAGCACCUUAUUUACAAGUUUUUGAUAUAUAUCCAGUUGAUAUCGAAAAUGGAAAUGAAUUAUAUUAUACAAGAAAAAACUUUUUACCCGGGAAUUUAAGAAAUAAUACAAGCGGUGUCUACAGUGCGCAAUAUAGCAAAGCGAAAACUUUAGUUGGGUUUUCUUGGAUGCCAGGCUAUAUAGAUCACGCUUUAAUUCUUCUUGAAGAUAGUACAAUCGAAGAUUUUAGUAUACCACAUCGAACAGCAAUGUCAAUUGAUCCCCGAAAUAAUUUGUGGGAUUCAUAUCCGAGAAAUAACACGAAUUUAAAAUUCGAAGUUAAAGAUUUAAAUAACGACAAGAGUUCAGUAGAUGAUAUAUCAAAAAUCAUGAGAAAUCGAGCUAUAAAACGUUAUGGACUUCUACCAGAUCGAGGUAAAAAUGGAGAAACAACUAAUAACCCAACACUAAAAGCAGUUUGGCGUACUUUAGAAAAAAUAACAAUAGAAGAUAAUCCGACCGGUCUUAAAAAUAUUUUAGGUAUCGAUUCCAAUCAAAUAGGUGAAAGCCUUUUUACGAAUCGCAGCGAAACAUUAACACUUUCAUGGCCUGAACUUAUAAAGAAAUCAACCAACAUUCUCACUACAUACCGUAAUGAAGCUAGAACUCAGGCACAAUAUUUGUGCGGCUGGGAUUUUGAUAGUGAUGCUACAUUACUAAACAAAUUCCUUCCCGAACUUUGUGCAAAAAAAGAGCACACAAAAGCUGCAAUGAUAGCAGUUUUUUUUUUGAAAAUAUCUUAUGCCUGUGAUAUAUUGUUAAAAGCCACAGAUCUAGCAACGGGUGAUCCAAGUAUGUUAAGAAUGGCUGCAAUAGCAUUAUCUAGUUUUGAUUCGGAUCUUUCCAACAAUACAUGGCGACAACAACAAGCGGCUGCGAGUUCUCAAAUUCGUGAUCCACAUUUAAGAACAAUAUUUGCUUUUCUUACAAUAGAAAAUGAAAACUUUGAUGUUAUUUUAAAUGAAAAGGGAAUAUCAUUAGCAGAUCGUGUUGCUUUUGCAUGUAAAUAUUUAAAUGAUAAUAAGUUAAUUGAAUUUAUCAAAAGUUCCAUCCAAAAAUGUAUUCAUGAUGGUGAUCUAAAUGGUUUACUUUUAACUGGCGGAGAAUGCCCUGAAACAAUAAAUUUAAUGCAAGCGUACGUUGAUAGAUCGGAAGAUGUACAAACAGUGUCGUUACUUGCUAUAGAAUAUUUCCACGUAGAUGAAAUUACUGAUUAUAGAAUUCAUUUUUGGAUAUCUAGUUAUUUGGAACUUUUAGACAUAUGGGGGUUAUGGGAAAAGCGUGCUGAAUUGGAAAUUAAAAUGAAUAAAAACCAAUCACCUGGAAAAACAUCCCGAUCAGUUUUUUUACUAUGCAGUUUUUGCGGAAAAUCUGUUUCAUCAGUUUUAACUGAUGAUGCUAGAUUACGAAAUGUUUCUUCACAUGUCAAUAAAUUAUCAUCAUGUCCAAGUUGUCGCAAACCAUUACCAAGAUGUUCAUUAUGCUUGUUACACAUGGGUACUACAACAGCAAUUUCAUCGCAAAAUUCUCCUGAACACGAGAGCUUAGGUUGGCAAUCAAAACCUUUUUCAAAGUGGUUUUCAUGGUGUCAAACUUGCAGGCAUGGUGGUCAUACCGAACACUUAAUGGAGUGGUUUCAAAAGAAUACAGAAUGCCCGGUAACAGGUUGCUCUUGUAAAUGCUUCGACAUGGAUUUACCAGUGUCUAAUUUUCCAGAUGAAAAUUAA